UUACGUACUUAUCUCUCUUUCUCUCUGGGUGAGGGGAGUGUAUGUUGUUCUUUUGGAACAGGCAGCUGGGUGGGUUUUGAAUGGGGUUUUUUGUUUGUUUGUUUGUUUUUUGUUGUAAAAUUAUCAAAAUAAUGAUGCCAUGGGCUAUGCAUUGCUGCAUUGCUAGUUCUGUGUAUAUGUCAUCAAUGAAAACACUUUAAAAUCCAUAGUACUUAGUUCACUGUCUUUAUGAUACGUUCAUAUAUUGUGAGAGCUGCUGUGUGUGAUUUAUAUUUCUUGGCUACUUGUCGAGCCUCUUAAGUAUUGUAUAGUACUUACAAAUAAAGUCUGUCCUUCAGUUAGUGUAAUUUGAGUGGGUAGAUGUAAUUCAUUUAUACGUUAUAAAUUUAUUGUGAUGUAAUAUGCGAAUAUUCGUGGAUAUUGUUGAUUGUGUUUGGAGUCACUAAUAUGCCGAGAAAUUGCUGCCAUCUAACGGCCACUUUAACAGCUGAACGUGGUAAACAUUUUGCAGCAUUUACGACGAUACAAGUUGCUUUACGACAGUGCCGGAUUUUACAUUUCAAAUAAACAUGGCUACCGCGCAGGUUGAGAGCGAUGGCGCUGCGGGUGGAACUGAGCAAAACGAUGGAAAAGGCGAUGAAAAUCCAGAGACAAGCAGCGGGAAACCUUCAGGAAAUAACGCGGAACAGAAGCCAGUGUGCCUUAUAGUGCUCGGCAUGGCUGGUUCGGGCAAAACUACUUUCGUUCAGCGACUCACAGCUUAUCUGCACUCUAAGAAGAGUCCGCCGUAUGUUAUUAACCUGGAUCCUGCGGUUCAUGAAGUUCCGUUUCCGGCCAACAUCGAUAUCAGAGACACGGUGAACUAUAAGGAAGUGAUGAAACAAUACGGUUUGGGCCCAAAUGGAGGAAUCGUCACGUCUCUCAACCUGUUUGCCACGAGGUUUGAUCAGGUGAUGAAGUUCAUUGAGAAAAAGCAGCAGAAUCAUCAGUAUGUUCUGAUUGACACUCCAGGACAGAUCGAGGUGUUCACCUGGUCUGCAUCAGGAACCAUCAUAACCGAGGCUCUGGCCUCGUCUUUCCCGUGUGUAGUGAUGUAUGUGAUGGACACGUCCCGCAGUGUGAACCCCGUCACCUUCAUGUCCAACAUGCUGUACGCCUGCAGCAUUCUGUACAAAACCAAACUUCCCUUCAUCGUGGUCAUGAACAAGACAGAUAUAAUCGAUCACCGCUUUGCUGUGGAGUGGAUGCAGGACUUUGAGGUGUUUCAGGACGCGCUGAACCAGGAGACUUCGUAUGUCAGUAACCUCACACGCUCUAUGAGUCUGGUUCUGGACGAGUUCUACACAAACUUGCGUGUCGUUGGUGUGUCAGCUGUAACAGGUACCGGACUGGAUGAACUCUUUGUUCAGGUCACAGACGCUGCUAAGGAAUACGAGACAGAGUAUCGUCCCGAAUACGAGCGUCUGCACCGAGAGCUGGCCGAAGCUCAGCGUAAAAAACAGCAGGAACAGCUGGAACGCCUCCGGAAAGACAUGGGAGAGGUUUCCAUGGAAACAGGUGUGCAACCAGACGUGCCUGACCUCAGCGGCCCCAGUGACCUCAUCUUCACCCGUGGGAAUCCGGACGAGGACGAGGAGGACAUGGACAGCGACACGGAUGACAUCGAUCACCAUGCUACAGAGGAGAGUAAAGAGGCCAAGUCAUUUGGAAAUUUCCUGAAGGAGAGGAAGGAAGUGGUGCAGGUGCGAAACAGGAAGUCGCAGUGACACCAGGAGGAAGUGCGGGUCACCGGUCCACUCUUUCGCCCUGACCUAGACCUUUGAACUGUUUACCACUUUAUAUUUAUCGCAUUUACUUUCUCUGGUGUUCUGUGCUGGUCGGUUCUGUGUUAGAACCCGGGGUCGGACCUUAAAGCUCUGAGACGUUCACAGUGCGGAGGAAUAAAUAUUAAAUAUUUUUAUAUAC